AUGAAGCAAGCCAAAAAGCAGACAACCAAGGCGCCAAAAUCCAAAUCAUGGCCUUACGCCCUUGCAUCGUGUGUGGUACUCGGUGGAUCGAUACUUUUUGCCUCAACUGACAAAAGUGAACGAUUCGCGAGGGCUCUCGGACGCCGACAGACUGUGGCCGCUCCCCCAAUAAUUCCUGCUCAGCCAGCUGCCUACCCCAGCUCCGAUGAAAGUCUUUUCAUUACUGGAUCUUAUUUGAACGAUCCUAUUGUCACGUCAGCAUUGGCCUACAUCAACUCUGUUGUGCCAGCAUCUCUUCUGAAUAUUGCACCUUCCAAGUAUAUUCAAGACUCAUCAGUCACGUACUCUGCCAACGCUGCAACCAACUGCUACUGGCCAAGUGGCCUUUGUACUCGUACUGCAGCUGGAGCAUGGGGUGCUGCUGAUAUUGUCUAUUGUCCUCAAAGCUAUCAAUGGGGUCUUACUUACGAUGAUGCUCCAAGUGAAAACAUUGUCAACGGUGUUCACGUCAAUGAUACCGUCUCACUCAUGAACCAACUGGACUCCAUGAACAUCAAGGCUACAUUUUUCGUCACUGGAUCCGAGUCAUCCGACAGUCCAGCCAGUUUGUCCGCUAUUGCUACUCGCAACCAUCACGUUGCUCAUCAUUCUUGGUCCCACCAUCCCUUCACUAGUUUGACUAACACUCAGGUUGUCGCAGAAAUGAUGUAUACUGCUGCCAUCAUUUACAAGAACACUGGCUUGAGUGUUCGCUACUUCCGCCCACCUUAUGGCGACAUUGAUGACCGUAUUCGUGGUAUUGUCAAUGCUCUUGGUUAUCGAAUUGUCAUGUGGGAUGGAAAGUAUGAUUCUACUGAUGCUGAUGUAAGUGCAAAUGCUGCGAACUUUGCAAAAGUCGAAGGCAUUAUUUCCGGAUGGUUCAACACUAUUCCAGGUUUUAUCUCUUUACAACACACGAUCGACACUUUCACCUCUGGAACGUCAAUCGCUGCACUCAAGAAGAUUCAGUCGUUGGGUGGAAUCAAGAACCAAAUGAUGCCUGUGCCUCAAUGUUUGGGUGAUACUCAAUGGUACAAGAAUGCUCAAGUCACAACCGUUUGGAACUCUUGCACCAUUCCUGGAGGUUGUGGUGGUGUGGUUGCAUCCCCUGUUGCAUCACCAGUCGCCUCGGCUGCUCCAAGUCCAGUAGCGUCCACAAUUAAAGCAUCUGCCGCCCCAAGCCCCGUUGCUUCUACAUUGACAUCUGCUGCUCCAAGCCCUGUCGCUUCCACGUUGACCUCGGCUGCUCCAAGCCCUGUUGCUUCAACAUUGACAUCCGCUGCUCCAAGCCCAGUCGCUUCCACAUUGACCUCGGCUGCUCCAAGCCCUGUUGCUUCCACAUUGAAAUCCGCGGCUCCAAGCCCAGUCGCUUCCACAUUGACAUCCGCUGCUCCAAGCCCAGUCGCUUCCACAUUGACAUCAGCUGCUCCUGCUAGCCCCAAUCCUUCUACAGUACUUAGUUCAGCUGCUCCAUCUGCUGCCCCAAGCACCGUUGUCGCUUCACCGGUUGCCUCAAUCAAACCAUCAACCACCGCACAAUCACCAGUCGCAUCAGCUGCUCCCUCAACUGCCGCUAGCCCAGUCGGUCUUCCAGUAACCAGCGAUGGAUCUUGUGGUGCCGGAACAGCUGUUUGUGGUAGUGGUGCUACCAUUGACGGUCCUUGUUGUUCCCAAUACGGAUGGUGUGGUACAGGCACUGCUUACUGUGGUAAUGGUUGUCAAGCAGCCUUUUCAUACCAAGGCACUUGCGGUGCUGCAUCAUCUCCUGUCGCUUCAGCCAAGGGAUCUGCAGCUGCAUCUCCAGUAAAAGCCUCGCCUUCUGCCUCUGCCGCACCAGCAUCUCCAUCCGCAUCCACAGUUAAAGCUUCGCCAGUUGCUUCCCCAAUCAAAGCUUCUCCAUCGGCUUCAGCUCCCGCACCUAGCUCAUCAUCUGUCGGUCUGCCAUUAACUAGUGAUGGAUCUUGCGGUGCUGGUCUAGCCAUUUGUGGUGACGGCAACAACACUGACGGUCCUUGUUGCUCCAAAUAUGGAUGGUGUGGAAGCGGAACCGCUUAUUGCGGUACCGGAUGUCAAGCAGCUUUCUCCAACAACGGAGUUUGUGCUUAA